GUGGCAGAGAGCGGCCGCGGACCUCGGUGUGGAGGAGGCGCGGGUUCUGCUGCAGGAGUUCGUCGACCAGGCGUUGGGGGUGGAGCCGUUGCAGAAACGGCGGCGGUCGCUUCACGGCCGCCCCGAGCAAACCAUGCUGGAGGUCGCCGUGACGAGUCUCGUGGCCGUCUGUGAUCAGGAGCGGCGUGAGGCCCACCCGCCGGGGGCGCGCGCGCUUGCAGCAACCCGCUGCGCGCGGAAGUGCUGCGCCGCCGCCGAGGAGAGCCGCGGAGUGCUCGAGGCCCGAGAGUGGGCUCGUUGGAGGCCUCGCCUGCUCAAGCUGCUCGGCGAGAUGGACGCGCCGCCGAUGGAGGUGGCGCAGUCAUGCAUGGACCCAGAGCGGGCGAUGCACGGCAUCACGGGCCGCGCGCGCCUCAACACA